UAUACACAUUGCACCUUGACCCAUGAGAAGAGGAGCAGUAGGGUGAUCCCUCUGGAGAGUAGCGGACACUAACCAGGACAGGUCGAUGCUGUCAUGUGCAGAAACCGUAAGGGUUUGGCGGUAGCAUGUCUGAUCGGCAUCUCCGUUGUGUCGGGGGUCAUCGCCCUUAUACUCAGUUUAGUGGGGACCAGAGAUAUAUAUCAGCCAUCACCUAACAAGUACGGCUUGGUGUUUGAUGCUGGGUCUUCCCAUACCUCGCUCUACGUAUAUCAAUGGCCGGCGCACAAGGAGAAUGACACCGGGAUUGUUACUCAGAUCCACAUGUGUGAAGUUCAAGGUUCAGGACUGUCUUCCUAUGCUGAUGAUCCGGCCCAGGCCGGCGAGAUCCUCAGACCCUGUAUGGACGAGGCGCUGAAGAUCAUCCCCUCCGAACAGCACAGAGAGACCAGGACGUUACUGGGGGCUACAGCCGGCAUGAGGCUACUCAAGUUGCAGAACGAGACCAAAACCCAGCAAAUCUUUGACGAAGUCUCAAAAACUCUUCGUCAGUAUCCGGUGAACUUCCAAGGAGCUCGAAUAUUGGACGGCGAGGAGGAAGGCUCGUUAGGGUGGGUCACGGUCAACUACCUCCUGGGAACCUUCGUACAGUAUUCCUAUAUACAAAGCUGGAUGCAUCCCAAACAAGUUCAGAUGUUCGGUGCCAUGGACCUAGGAGGCGCUUCCACCCAAAUGACUUUCCAACCUGCGGGGGCCAUUGAAGACAAAAGCACAGAGAUGACCUUCAGACUCUACGGCUAUGACUACACCAUCUACACCCAUAGCUACCUCUGCUACGGCCAGGACCAGGCGCUGAAGAGUAUGCUGGUGCAACUCCUAGAGAAAAAUGGCACAGGUAACGUCCAGCACCCUUGUUAUCCUAAAGGUUACUCCGCCAAUGUCUCUCUGUCUUCAGUCUACAAUAGUCCCUGUGUCCGAACUUCCCCGGGCAAUAUGGAGGCCAUUGUCACCGUGGAGGGAACCGGCGACGCUUACGAGUGUCAGCUCCUGGUCAGAAAGAUCUUUUCACCCUGCACAAAUUCAUCCUGUUCCUUUAAUGGAGUCUACCAGCCCCCGGUGUACGGGCAGUUCUAUGCCUUCUCUGCCUUUUACUACACCUUCAACUUCCUCAAUCUGACAUGUGGAGAGUCCCUGAGCGUGGCCAACAGCACUGUCUGGCAGUACUGCUCCCGGGAGUGGACGGAGCUCAGCGCUAGUUUCCCCGCAGAGAACAAGCGGCGUCUGGUGGACUACUGCAGCUCGGCCAUGUAUAUCCUCACGCUGCUCUUGGAAGGGUACAAGUUCAACAGUGAAACCUGGAGCAACAUACAUUUUGCUAAGCAGGCCGGCAAUGCUGACGUCGGGUGGACUUUGGGAUACAUGCUAAAUGUGACCAAUAUGAUUCCCUCCGAGGAACCUUCUCUAUGGAAGGCCCAGGACUACAACGUCUGGGCGGCUGCAAUAUUCUUCAUCGUGCUGAGCGUGGUGGCGGGCCUGGUGGCUGCUCCGCUGCAUUGCUACUGCCGGAACGCUUGCGCAGAUCAGGCAGGGUGGGCAUGAGACCAUGGAUGAUGGACUUCGGCCAUGACCCCAGAGACUGUACCUCCAAUACAUAAUUUAUAUGGCCUCCUACGGACACUGGGAUAAACUUUUUCACGUUCGCUCCGUUUUUAUAUAUGGGAAAUGGUCGUCCGGUUCAAUAUACUGUGUGUAUAGGCGUAUAUGGUGCAAUACGGAUGCUUU